UUAAUAAGAGUUUGGUAGUUAAAACACAUUGUUCUUCAUUGUUUAAAGAUAACUCCUUGGGCAUGUGUACGUCCCUACGUGGUCACGUGACAAAGAAAACCGACCGCACUUUCUCGUUCGUGAAGAAAAAGGGGCAUUUUCAUAAAGAUUAACAUUAAUGAUGGACAGAGGCGACAACCCCAGCGCUGCAAUUUGCAAAUUAUGUGGAGAGGCAUCCACUCUGCCUGAGGAUGAAGUUGACGGCAACCUCCCUCGUGUGCUUUUAUGUGGCCACAUCUACUGCACAUGUUGUCUGCUGUCCAUUCAAUGUGACAGUGUCAUCAAAUGUCCAGAGUGUGAGGUUGAGUCGUCUCUUCCUGAAGGUGGGGUGAAUGGGCUGCCGGAAGAUAGCAGAAUCAUUGGCCUCAUCUACACUGCUAAAAUGAACAGGAUGAAAAGCCUCUGUUGUGACAGAUCAAAGAAUCGCAGAAGGAACAAAUUAUCAACGUUCACAGAUAUUAACGCCAAUACCGAGGAUAUGGAGCAGCCAGCUGAUAUCGAGAAGAUUGAGAAGGUGGUGGAUGAGGCGUUGGUCCGGGCAGCAGAAAAUCUUGCCCUUUUGGAACACAUCCAUGAGACUCUGACAACUGGUCUGACAGAACAGGUGAAGAGAGAGAGAGCUCGGCUGGAGAUGGAGCUCAAGCAAGCUGCAGACAAGGCUUUACAUGCUAUUCAAAAGUGGAAGGAUGUGCAGUUGAGUCAGCUGACAAAACUGGAGACACGAUUCUCCGCCAGCCAAGCAGAGGUGUGCUGUGUCCAGGAGAGGAUAAAGGCCCUGGGGAUUGCAAUGCAGAUGGCCAGAGAAGUACGCCGUGUCCCCUUUUUGGAGCAGUACUGCACCUUGGAUAAGGUUCUGGAGACGUUGCAGGCUCCUGUGGAUAACCAGUCCUUCGAUAUGAAAUGCAUUACUAUGGGCUCUGGAAUGAGCUGUGUUUUCCAGUCAGAAGGCCUGAACCAGAGUCUGUCAUUGUCUCUGACGAUGGAAGUCAGCAACCCAAAGCACUUGUCUGAGUCUCCACCCAAAGGCCACCAACUGGGCAACUCAAACAGAAAGUCCCCCUGGGAACAUGUAGAGGGCAGGAACAGCAGCAUGCUUUCCACCCCACAAAAACAGGACCAGGAGAGCCCAGGAGCUAACAGGUCAUCAUCACGAGGCUCCUCUCCAAGCCCAAGACCUCGUCGCAGGUCUAACCUUUCUCGCCACAGCUCAGCCUCAGACCUUGAAACUCCAGACGUAAUUAUUGAAGAACUUUUUGACGAGGGACCGGAACACACUCCCCCACCCACUGGCCCUGAGCUGGCUAAUGACAAAUGGAGAAUCCACAGGAGAAGGAAAAAUCUUGACAAUAAGAGAAAUGUCACCCAGUGGGUGGUGGUAACCCAUGUUGUGAAUCCAAGUCACUUCUACGUCCGCUACGUGGCAGAGAAGAGGGAAAGCGAGAUCCUAUCUAAGAAGAUCAACUACUUCUGCAGCAGAGAUAGUUGUCGCUUCACUUCCAGUGACACAGUGGAGACCGGCUCCAUGAUCUUUGUUACGUUGAAGGAAGGACUCUGGUGCCGGGGUAGUGUGGUUGAAAUCUUGCAGAAAGGAUGUGUGGAGGCUGUGAAAUCCUGCCCAGUCACCCAGCUGGCCAGUAUCCGAGUCUUCUUUGUUGACUAUGGCCUCAUCAAAAGCCUCACCAUAGAGAGUGAGGAAGGGACCACUGAGUCUUCACUGAAAGCUGUGAACAACCACCUGAGGAAGGUGGGUGAAGCAGUGAAUGCGGCACUGGGUCAUUUUGCUCGUCAGGCCAUCAGAUGUUCACUCAAGGACCUUGUCCCCUAUGACCUGACAAAGGGCUGGAGUAAAGAGGCGCAGGUUGAGUUCUGCAGUGUGGUUGGCUCUGCUGCAGUGGAGAUGCGGCCUUUGGGUCAGGACAGAGACUCUUUAUUGGUGGACCUGAGGAAAGCUCCCAUGGACCAGUCCAGUGAUGUGCCCAUCUCUGUCAGAGAGUACCUUGUUUUCAUUGAAGUGGCCAGGUUUUAUUCUCCAGUGACAUUGGGCACGAGUCCCCUGCUGUACUACCCUCCUGUCUAUCCCAAGAUCAACACAGAGCUCAAUGCUGUGGUGUCCCACAUCAACAACCCUGCUGACUUCUACAUCCAACUGGUUGAUAACAUGGAGUCCUUGUUGCUCUCAGCCAAGCUCCAGGAAUGUUACAAUGAGACUGCAGUGACUGCAGCAGAUGACCUCAACGUCUACUGCCCUGUGAUAGGACAGGCCUGUGUUGCCCGCUAUGAUGACAAGUUGUGGUACAGAGCUCAAGUCAUAGGUCAUCCAGGGGCCAGAAAAGUGGAAGUGCGGUAUGUAGACUUUGGCAAUAAGAACAUCUUGUCAGUCAGCGACUUGAGGAAGAUCAAGGAUGAGUUCUUUGCCCUUCCUUCUAUGGCAAUCCGCUGCUGUUUGUCCGGUGUGAUUCCUCUGGAUGGAGGAACCUGGAGUGAGGCCUGCACCAACAGAUUCAUCAGCCUGGCUCACCAGAAACUGGUCACUAUUGUGGUUACAGCAACAGUCCCUAAGACUGAGCCUCUGCCAGUCAAACUGUUUGAGAGCGGCCUCAACGGGCCACUAGCCAACAUUGCUGAGCUGCUGGUCAAAGAGGAGCAGGCCUGCUUCAAAACGGGACUUAAGUCCAAGGAUGUCAGUCCCCCUUAUGAUGAGUCUGCCACAUGGGACCCUCCACUAGAUCUUGAUUUGGCCAUGGACCAAAAAAUCCCCGGAGAGCAGAAUGAGGAGCCGCUGGAGUUUCAGCCUCACCUGAAGCUCCCUGCCCAACUCAAAGACUUGAAAGUCAGAGUCAGCCACGUGAAUUCACCGAGUAGCUUCUACGUCCAUCUCACCCAGUACGACUCUCAGCUCAAAAGAAUGUGUGAACUGGUGAAGCAGGAGUGUGCAACUAUGGAGCCCGAAGAUGUGGCGUGGAAGGCAGACAUGUACUGUGCUGCUCACAUUAACGGGGUUUGGGAGAGAGGACGGAUCUGUUCUGACGUCUCAUCCGACAACAUUGCAGAGGUGAUGCGCUGUGACCAUGGCAACACAGUGAAGCUCCACGUCAGCAACUUGCGGCCACUACCAUCCUCCUUGAUGGGCUCUCUGGCACUGGAGUGCACUCUCACUAACAUCAGGCCAGCAGGAGGCCGAUCCACCUGGACGGCUACAGCCUGCGACCUAUUCUCCUACUAUCUGACCGGAGCCUCGGCUGUUAUGACCAUCAAGGAGUUGACAGAUGAGCGUCCAAUACCCGUCACUCUGUUCUGCUCCAACAAGAUGGGACAGUUUGUCAGCAUUGCAGACUUUCUGGCCAGCGAGGGCCUCGCCCUCAGGGACAGAAAACCAAGAGAUGCUGUCGUUCAAAAACCCAAAGAAACUGAUGCACAGUCUCCAGUGAGCGAGACACAAGCGGAUGGCGAGAAGAAAAACACUCACCCAGCUUCUUCACCCAUUUCUUCUCUUUCCCCCUUAUCUGCUGUGUCCACUCCCACCAUUCCAAAACCAGCCCCCCGCACCAUUAUGUCUGCUGAGAAGGUGAAGACUCAGUUGUACCACCCCCCAGAGCUGCCAUGCCUUGGUCACAUCCAGAUAAGUGUUUCUGCCAUUGGAGAGGACGGACUCAUUUACGCCAGAACACAGAAUGCAGGUGCACAGUGUCAGCUGGAGCAGCUUAGGGAGAGGAUUCAGCAGAGCAUGAAGACAUUGCCCAGACAGAAGCCUUACACCUGGAAGUCAGUCCUGGGCUGUGCCGUCAUCGGACCUGACAUGUUGUGGUAUCGAGGACAGCUGCUGGAGGUGCUGGGAGGACACGUUAAGGUACAAUAUGUAGACUAUGGCCUGGUGGAGAACAUCCCAGUGGUCCAUGUGUACCCCAUGCUGUUGUGUGACGAUGUUCCUCAGCUUUGUCUGCCCUGCCAGCUGCACAAUAUUAACCCUGUUGGUGGUAAGUGGCAGCGAGAUGCGGUGGCCUUGCUGAGGGAGAUGUUGCUGAACCGCUGUGUGGACAUGCAAGUCAUGGAGCUGCCAACUGACCCGAGGGGACCCCUCACAGUUGAGCUCUUCCUGGACGGGCUGAGCCUCAGCAGGAUCCUGUGUCACCACGAACACGCCUCCAUGGACCAGACUGUCGCAGCACAGAAGGGACACUCAGUGAUGUCUCCUGCCCCCUUCCUGGAUGAUUGGGACAUCGACAUUGAGGAUCUGAAGGGCCCAGAGGAGCCGAUGCUGGGGCCCUAUAUCUACCCAAAACUACCCAAGGAGGGAGAGCAGUUUCAAGUCAGGGUCAAGCACCUGUGGACCCCCAACGAGCUGUUCCUGUGGCCUUUGGAGGGAACAGCUGAUGCGGAGGUGGAUGGAGAGAGUCUGGAUGAGGCUCUGACCAGAAUCAAUGCAAACAUCAACAGUCUGCCACGACUCACCAACUUCCCUCAUGGUGGUCCGUGUCUGGCAGAGUACAGUGAUGGAAAGUACUACCGGGCCAAGCUGAUCAAGUUCAGCAGCGUGGAGCCCGUCAUGAUCCUGGUCCAACACGUCGACUUUGGCUCUGAUGACACUCUGCCCCCCAGCAAGUUGCGUCAGAUGCCGGCCGAGCUGCUGCGGUUUCAGUCACGGGCGCUCAAGGUCAAAGUCGCCGGCUUCAAGGCUCCGAGUGCCGACAAGAAGGAAGACGUGCUGCCCUACAGCCCCAGGUGGAGUGUGAAGGCUGCAAUGAAAAUGAUCGACCUGUUACACAGCAACAUCACAGCCUCUGUUGUGGCCCGGGAACCAGAGCUCACAGUGCUGCUGUACAACGAGGACGGAGAGUUGGUCCAUCUGCCUCUGGUGAGCAGUGGACUGGCUGAGCUCGAGUGACACAGAGCGGAGACAGCCUCCUCAACAAACAGGGUACAGUUCGUGUUUACUCCCGGACGUGCUAACAUCUUGAUUUCAUUCUGUUGUGCUGUUUGACUGCUGUUCUUAAUUUUUACAUGUUGCAGAAAAUUUGCAGUAGUUUUUACUUUGACAGUAACCCUAAAGAGCAGUUAUUUAUUUUAUGUUUGGCUGUUGUGUUUGAGUAAGCUGUGUUGACUUAGCACUUUGUUUUCUAGUCAUUUGACUCAUGUGAGACAGACUUGUCCGUAUGAAGGUACAAAUUAAAAUCUUAAUGCUGUCUAACUUU